AGUAGUCGAUCAACAGAAUUUGUCCGUGCUCCUCGAGGCUGCGAGAAUUUCUCCUACAGAUGGCGGAAUGGUAAAAAAUAGACUGGGUGAGAGCGAGGGCGUUGUUUAUGUCAAGGAUGAUUUCCUCGAUUGGAUUGAUUGGAGAAGACGAAGCAGAGGAAUCUUGAUACAACUCAGUGAUCUGUUCGACCGUUUCUUCCGCGUCUGGAGUACGGACUUCGGUAGGGACGGGGAGGACCGGGAGCCGUUUGUUGAGGGCUGCGAGGAAAUCUCUCUGGUGUCUGUGGUCCGUAUCUGA